AGACUGUGCAGGUUAAACUUGGUUUUCAUCCUGUGGAUCUCCAUGACAUUGGUGUGCUCGGGUUUCCCAGUUGGCCCUUCCAUGAGCACCAACCCCUUUUAUUUGACCUGCCAGCUGUAUGGGAGAUGGGAUUCGUGCCUGGUGCUGCUGAGCAGCUGCCUGUCCAAGGUGGGCAGGGGUGAGGAGCUGCCCCUUGGGAAGCCUCUCCCGGAGUCCCCUCUCCACAAAAGGUCCUUCCGCAACGGCGUCGGAGCGGGAAUUAAAAAAACUUCCUUCCGAAGGGCAAAGUCCUGA